AUGGCUUUUACUGACUACAUAAAAAUAUCCGGCUUCAAAGCGGAUUUACAGUCACGAAACUUUAGUAUUUACGGCCAAUGGCUCGGAAUAUUUCUGGUGUUCAUCUCUAUCGCAUUGGGUAUCACCAAUCUUUUCCACGCCAAUGCUGUCAUCGUGUUCGGCAUCCUUGGCAUCGUUCAAGGUGUGCUUCUUGCCUUUGUUGAGAUUCCAUUUCUAAUGAAAGUUUUUAGAGUCCCUGAUAGGUUCAUUACCUUUGUGCAGACUUUGGAUAGCAAUCUCAAGAGGGCUUUGUUUUACGCAGUCUAUGCUCUUAUUCAAUUUUUGAGUCUUAUUUGUAAGUCCACCUCCUUGAUUGCAUUGGCUGUUUUAUAUACUAUUGAUAUGGUGUUCUAUGCCUUGGCUACUGUUCUUAAACAGGACUUCCACAAAUCUAAUGUUGUUGCAACUGUUGACGUCACUGACAGGCCAGUUGAUGCUCAAGUGAGAGAUGCCUUGUGA